AUGGAGAUAGAACAUCCUACACCCUCAACCCUUGUAGAGGGGGCACAGAAGAAGCGACGACGCACCGAGGCCCAGUUAGCCCGCAAACGCCAGGCAGAUAGGAUUAACCACAAAGCAAAGCGCGAGCAGCAGAAACGACAGAUGGAGAACCUCGAGACACAAGUCACGAAUCUGCAAGAAGCCGUCCAGACGCUCACGGAUCAGGUACGGGUGCUCAAUGAAAGACUCCGAGACCAGACCAAAUAUCUCUCGCGUCUUGAAUGCGCCUCGACACCAAGCACUGCGGCCGACGGGGGCUCACCCAGCACUCUGAACCAGACACGACCGCCCUACCAGGGUCAGGAUAUGCUCCUGCUGUCGGCUGAGAACCUGUCGAUGAAGUUUCCUGGGCCCGCCCUCGGAGAACCCGACAAUAAUGUGCCUGUUGACUGUCGCUGCGGCGUAGACCAUCAGUCCUACUACGAAUGCCUCGAAUAUUCGACUUUUCUGAUUCUCUUUCGAGCUCACCAGGGCCUCAACAAGAGUAUUUCCAAUAGCACACGUCUUCCUCGGACCCCAUCCUUAGUGCAUGUCUUCCGCCCGACUUCUACCGAUAAUCCUGUCAUCCAGAUUUUGGGCUUGGUAUUUAGCCAGGUCCGCCCUGCGAAUGUCCGCACCCUCUUCGCCUGCUAUCUGAUUAUGUAUCGUUUUCUUCGAUGGCGCCUUUGUCCAGACGAAGAAACUCAACGCGACGUUCCAACUUGGCUCUACCCAACUGAGAUCCAGAAAACCGUCCCCCACCCGGUCUGUAUUGAUUUUCUCCCCUGGCCCGGCCUACGAGAUCGCCUGAUUCGAAAUAUUCAACAUAUUCAAGACCCGCGGCAUUCCGUCAUUUUAUACAUGCGCUCAGUUCGAUUUAGUUGGCCUGAAGACCAGGAAUUUGUCUAUACAUCUGAGCAAGGUGAGCUCAUGCCAACCGAGAGCUUCGAGGCGGGGAUAUAUGCGUACGAGAAUUGGCAAGUGUCGCGCGAGUGGGCAGCCACGUUUCCGAAACUGAAAAACGUGGUAAAUAUCGGAGACGAGGAGGCUUGA